AUGGUGAAAAGCAACAUCGAACUGACUUGGGAAACCAUGGAAUCUACAUUCCUGGAAAUUCAAAACAAAUUCCACGAAAUUUAUAAACCAAUAGAAACAAAUGAACCUGAACCUGAAGAGGAUAAUAGAAACAUUAAAAGUGAGAGCCUUGACAUUACCGAUGAUUCUACACUUUCAGUAUCACCAAUAACCCAACUACUUUAUCUUGCACGACUGAAGUUUUACGAUUUAACACCCUUAGAUAACAACAAAUCACCAUACCCAUUUAAAAAUCUACGAGGUAAAGUGGUCUUAAUUGUUAAUGUGGCAUCUAAAUGUGGGUUUUCUUUCCAAUACAACGGCUUAGAACAAUUGAAUAAACAAUUUGCUAAUGAUGAGUUUGUGCUAUUGGGAUUCCCUUGUAACCAAUUUUUAUGGCAAGAACCAGGCACCAAUGAUCAAAUAGUGACAAAAUGUAAAAAGAAAUACGAUGUGACUUUCCCAAUACUAGAUAAAAUCAAUGUCAAUGGCGAACAAGCUGAUCCAGUUUAUAAAUAUCUUAAAGCACAAAAGGAAGGAUUAUGGGGGACUAAUAGAGUCAAAUGGAAUUUUGAGAAAUUCUUGGUUGAUAAAAAUGGUAGAGUGGUGGAAAGGUAUAGUACAUUUACUAGGCCACUAGCAAUAAUACCAAAAAUCGAACAAUUGUUAAAAAGCUGA